CGUUGGCGGCGGCCAACAUGGCUGCCCUGGCAACGGCCGUCGCCGCGGCGGCGGCCGCCGGGCAGCAACAGAAUGACAGCUGUUUCAGCACUGCAGGUGCUGGUCGACAGUUUCAGCUUCAGAAUUGGAAGGUGAAAGCUGAACAAGCUAAGAAGGUUGAAUUUAUACGAACAGCAGAAAAACUAAAAACCCAGCUUGCAGCUAUAGAAAAAGAUAAAAAUGGACAUCUUUACAGCAGGAAGAAUAAACAUGUAGAAUACAGUGUACUAGAAGAACUGGAACAUAAAAUGACCAUCAAUAGGAAAGCUGAAAAAACUAAAAUCUUACAGAAGCUAUCAAAAAUACAUAAUAAUGUGAAGAGACUUCAGCGACAAUUAAAAGAUGUGAAGCCUACACCAGAAUUUGUUGACAAGCUCAGGGAAAUGAUGGAAGAAGUUGAAAAUGCAAUCAAUGCUUUUAAAGAGGAACAGAGACAAAUAUAUGAACAGCUUUUGAAGGAGGAAAAAACUACCAUCAAUGAACUCAGCACCUUUGAGAAAAAGGUGGAACUAUGGGCAUUAGGUAACUCAACAACAGAAAAGGCUUUGAGAUUACCAUCAGCUGGGGUCUCAGUUAAUAAAACACUGCAAAAUCAUCUGCCUGAAGAAGUAGUAGAGUUUGAAAGAUUUCUUCAGCGAACAGGAGGGCGGCAAGGAGGCUGGGAUGAUUAUGAUCAUCAACAUUUUCUGAAAGCAUGGACAAAAUGCAAAGGAAGAGCAUCCUACUUGGAUGAAGCCCUUGAGUAUCUCUCUGGAAGAACAAAGGAAGAUGUUGAACAGCAUGAUAAAUGGUAUAGAGAAUUUCUAGUUUUACAAGAAAGAAAAAAAGAGUCAAUUAAGAAGUGGAAAAAAAAACAGCAUCAAGAAAAAGAAGGAAUCUUGAAGGAAAAAGAGAAAUCAGAAAAAAUACUUAGAAAAGAGUGUUUUCAACGUGAAGAAGCUCAGAAGCAAAAGGCAGGAGAAGAAAGGAAAAGACAACAAGUAGCAAUUGAAGAAUGGAAAAAACAGAAAGCAAUAGCUUUUGCUAUGGAACAAGCAUCGCAGCUAAAACUAGAAGAAGAGAAGGAGAAAAAGCAACAGAAAGAACGCCAGCGCCAAUGCCAUGUUAAGUUACUGUUGGAAAGGUAUACCUUGUUGAAGAAAGAAAAGGAGGAACUUGAAAAGCUUGAGAAGGAGAAAAAGGAGGAAGCUGAAAGGGAGGAAAGGAAGAAAAUUGCUGCAGAAGAAAUUACUAAGUUUCAAGAGCGAGAUCUCCGUAAACUUGAACAAAAGAUUCAUGAAAAACAAGCUAAAGAAGAGGAAAAACGAGAAAAAGAAAAGAGAUUGGCAAAGUUAAGAGAGAAGGUUGAAAUUCAUGCAGCCAGAGACCCCUCCAGGUUGUACAGGCCUACCAAGGUCUGGGAGGAACGCACAAAAGAGAUCGGACCAACGGGUUCAGAACCACUCUUGCAUAUUCCUCAUAGAGCUAUCCCAGCCUGGAGACAAGGGUUGUAGAUGAGCAUCUGCCCGCCGUUUUUACAGGAUGAUCGUUUCCUUGUGGCCGACCGUCUUCAGGCUCUUACCGCAAACGCGCCGGACGCAAAGAAAUAUCAUGUUUGUGUUUUGUGAGCGUUGAGCUAGUGCGAGUGCGAGCAGUGUUUCCAUCAUGCCAUGUAUGUCACCGCAUUAAAAGCGCUUCCGUGUGA